AUGGAGCAAAGGCACUCAGCGCAGCUCGUUACGACAAGUCAACAAUGCGACCAGCGUGCAUACGGCACGGACCGAACUGGAAAUCUGACACGGCACCAGAGAAGUCACACAGGAGAGAAACCCUUCAAAUGUACUGUGUGUGGGAAGGCAUUUUCAUGGUCAUCUGCUCUUAAAAAUCACCAGAGAACACACACGGGAGAGAAACCCUUCAAGUGCAGUGUGUGUAGGAAGGCAUUUUCAGAUUUAUCUACUCUUAAAAAACACCAGAGAACACACACAGGAGAGAAACCCUUCAAGUGCAGUGUGUGUGGGAAGACAUUUUCAGAUUUAUCUACUCUUAAAAAACACCAGAGAACACACACAGGAGAGAAACCCUUCAAGUGCAGUGUGUGCGUGAAGGCAUUUGCACAGUCAUCUGAUCUUGUAAAACACCAGAGAACACACACGGGAGAGAAACCCUUCAGGUGCACGAUGUGCGGGAUGGCGUUUGCACAGUCAUGUAAUCUUGUAACACACCAGAGAACACACACAGGAGAGAAACCCUUCAAUUGCACUGUGUGUGGGAAGACAUUUUCAUAUUCAUCUCAUCUUCAAAGACACCAGAGAACACACACGGGAGAGAAACCCUUCAAGUGCAGUGUGUGUGGGAAGACAUUUGCAGAUUCAUUUGCUCUUAAAACACACCAGAGAACACACACGGGAGAGAAACCCUUCAAGUGCAGUGUGUGUGGGAAGGCAUUUUCACAUUUAUCUACUCUUAAAAAUCACCAGAGAACACAAACAGGAGAGAAACCCUUCAAGUGCAGUGUGUGUUGGAAGACAUUUUCAGAUUUAUCUACUCUUAAAAAACACCAGAGAACACACACAGGAGAGAAACCCUUCAAGUGCAGUGUGUGCGUGAAGGCAUUUGCACAGUCAUCUGAUCUUGUAAAACACCAGAGAACACACACAGGAGAGAAACCCUUCAGGUGCACGAUGUGCGGGAUGGCGUUUGCACAGUCAUGUAAUCUUGUAACACACCAGAGAACACACACAGGAGAGAAACCCUUCAAUUGCACUGUGUGUGGGAAGGCAUUUUCAGAUUCAUCUCAUCUUCAAAGACACCAGAGAACACACACGGGAGAUAAACCCUUCAAGUGCAAGAAACCCUUCAAGUGCAGUGUGUGUGGGAAGACAUUUUCAGAUUUAUCUACUCUUAAAAAACACCAGAGAACACACACAGGAGAGAAACCCUUCAAGUGCAGUGUGUGCGUGAAGGCAUUUGCACAGUCAUCUGAUCUUGUAACACACCAGAGAACACACACAGGAGAGAAACCCUUCAGGUGCACGAUGUGCGGGAUGGCGUUUGCACAGUCAUCUACUCUUGUAACACACCAGAGAACACACAGAGGAGAGAAA